AUGGUACGUGGAGGACCGAGGCGGCCCCCAAAUGAUAUUGAGGGCAAAAUGUCUUUCAACAGGGAUAACACUGCCUUGCCAGUGGUGGUGGCUGCAGCAGCGGCAGUGAUACCUAACGAUCAGUUGUUUCUGUACAGAGGAUUUAAGAAAUCGAAGAGAGGGUGUACGGCUAAGGAGCGCAUCAGUAAAAUUCCUCCCUGCGCAGCCGGAAAGCGCAGCUCCAUCUACCGCGGAGCCACAAGGCAUAGAUGGACUGGACGUUUUGAAGCUCAUCUUUGGGACAAGAGUGCCUGGAAUUAUAAUCGGAAUAAAAAGGGAAAACAAGUUUACUUCGGGGCAUAUGAUGACGAGGAGGCUGCAGCCAGAGCUUAUGAUCUUGCUGCUCUUAAAAAAUUGGGGCCCCGCACUCUCAUCAAUUUUCCAGUUACUGAUUAUACAAGGGAUCUUGAAGAGAUGCAGAAUCUCUCGAGAGAAGAAUACCUUGCAUCUCUGUGGAGGCGUAGUAGUGGUUUCUCAAGGGGAAUUUCAAAAUAUCGUGGGCUUUCCAGUCGAUGUAAGCCAUUUAGCCAGCUGGCUGGAUCUGAGUACUUGACCAGUAUGCAUUACAGUGCAUGCGAUGAUCCAGCAGCAGAAGGUGAAUAUUUAGCCAGUUUCUGCAAUGAAAGAAAGAUUGACUUGACAACUGGCAUCAUGUGGUAGGGGCCCAACAAAACCUGUCAGACAGAUGCUGUGACAAAAUCUUCAGAAGAAACAAAGCAUUCUGGGGAUAUUGGUAUGGAACUAACAACACUGGAACCGGAGUUCGUACCAGUUGCCGCGUUUGGGCAUGUCCAAUGAAGGGAGAAAGCAUAAAGGCUACAAAGACUGAGACCAGUUCAACUUACAACACUCUUCCAUGGGGAGGAAGAGCAGCAUAUUCAUUCUCUUUUUGUGCUACAAUUUGGUGAAAGGUGGAAAAUCAGCUUUGUCUUCUAUCUGGAAGAUCCAGGGAUACAGAAAGGAAAUAUAAAUGUGUCUUAAAGUUUAUACUGAUGAAGAAAAAUAGACGAGGAAAUAUGUCAGUCUUUCUUGAACAUAUUUGUACUGCAAUAAGAGUAUAAGCUCUGUGUAAGAACGUAGUUAGUUAUA